AUGAACGGGAGAAAACAGCUGUUUAUAGAGUUCCCAAGAUCUCGCCAAGAUGAUGCUCAAUUUUUUCUCCUUGAAAUUCUCCGAGAGCGAAUAUCUGUAGAAUACGCAAUCUACAAUGGAAGCAUCGAAACGCUCUCUUUCAUCCACGAAAUCGUCAUGAACGCUUAUGGGAAAAUCGCCCUCGUUGAAGAUUCUGGCGGCAUCGUCACUUAUUUAGAACGUUUCCUUUUCAAUCGAGAACGAAGAGUGAAUAUGGAAGAGCGCUUUUCUUAUAGAACGAGACUUCGAAACGAAUCGGGUGACUUUCCAAAGAUGAUAAUGGACCUCAAAGCUCAUCAAAGCACGAAUCAAAGCAUCAAAAUCUACCAAGACAUCUCUCAAUUCUUCUCCCAGCCACUCGAAAAUGUCUAUGACAUCAGCGACCUCUGCAAACAGUUAUUCUCGUCGCCAUUCUUUUACGUUUCAAAGAAUCAAAUUUUCAACAUCUUAGAAGUUGCAAUGUCGAGAAACGAAGCUGAUCUUGUCGAAGAAAUCUAUUCGAAGUUUUCGUUCGACGAUCUCGAUCAGAGAGAAUUCGCCUCUCCUCUGCGACUAGAAAAUUUAUAUCUUUCACAGAUGGAUUCGAUAAAAGAAGAAUCUCUUGCUGACAAAGCAGGGCUUGAUGACUACUGGGAUCCAGAAAAUUUCAACGAAUAUCUUUCCGCUCGUUUAUCCCGGCUGAUCGAGGACUUUGAGUCUUCCUUGAUUUCAACGAAUUGGAAUCCUUUUGCGAAUCGAUAUCGAAACAGAACUGGUGGCAAAUACAAAUCUGCAUCAAAAGGGCUGAAAGAGAGCUUUGAAUUUCAUGAUCCAGAAGAACGACUUUUCUGUUGGGCGUUGCUCUUUGAGUAUUGGGACUUGGCGAAUGUUAUUUGGCUCAGGAGUAAAUAUGGUAUCGGAAUGGCGCUUCUUGGGGCGAAUUUUCUAAGAGGAGCUGCUGCUCUGAAAAGACGAGACAUAAAUGCUUCUGAAAGACUCGAAGAAUUCGCCAAGUACUACGAAGACAUCGCCAUUGAAGCAUAUCGAGAGAUUCCAAAAGGCCCGAAUAUCGGAGAACAAGACCUCUCUCCUCAGCUCAUGCUCGUUACAGCAAAUGAUCGAACCGGAAACAUGACAAUGCUCAAACUGGCUUAUGCCGGAAAAUGCGUCAAUUUCAUUGCUCAAGAAGAGUAUUAUUAUAAAGCCUCCAUCAAGUUCUCUGGUGAGCAACUUUGCCCGACAGAAAUCACUGGACAGCUUUAUGUAUCGCAAGUUUGCUUUGCUUUAUCAUUUAUGUUCAUGGCGUAUCGUUCUCUGAUUAUGUUCGAUGUUUCGCGAGAUCUUGGACCGAAAGUAAUUAUGAUCUGGAAGAUGUUCUUUCAAAUGUUUCAAUUUCUCCUCAUCAUGGGAAUCUUUGUUCUGACUUACGGAAUUGUUCAGCAGUCACUACAAUAUCCAAACGAGCAUCGUCUUAAUUUCACCGUUCGGAAUAUUCUCUUUGGGCCUUACUAUGGGAUCUACGGCGAACUGUUUCUUGGAGAACGAACAACAUACGAGUUUGAAGAUCAGCCUGAAGACUGCAUUCCUCCAGGAUUUGACGUUGGAAAUUCGACUAUGCCUCGAUGUCCUUCAAAAGCGGUCGUUUCGGAUAUCUUCCAUGGCAGCUACAUGGUCAUUGCUAAUAUUUUACUUUUGAACUUACUGAUUGCCUUGUUCUCAUCGACUUAUGCAGCUAUUGAUGAAAAUUCUAUUCGAAUCUGGAACCACGUUCACAAUAUCUUCAACUACUGCAAAAGCGGCUUUCAAGUCAGCAACGAUAACUCGAAAUUUCGGUACCACGACUGGAGCAACAUUGAUCCUAAAAUGCCUGCGAUCCUUGACGAUAUAGAAGCACAGCAGACCAAAGCGCACAUCCAUGGGCUAAAGAGUUUCAAGCGCCAAGAAAUCGAUGGUCCUCUGACGAAGACCUUUUUUGAGAAAGAAAUUCGCAAUCGACUGGAUACGAUGGAAGUUGUGCUAAAGAAAACUAUUCGAAAUAUGUCUUCAUCAAACGAAUGA